AUGGUAGGUCCGAUGAAUCGGCACGGUCUCCCUUGCUCUGAUGGUGCGUAUGCUCAUGCUGGACAGGCCGACGGCACGAAUCUCCAGAUGAUUGGCUACAUCCUCGGUGCCUUGACCGCAGGCGGCGGCACCAUGGGAUAUGUGAAAACAGGCUCCCUGCCCUCAAUCAUUGCUGGCUGCAGCGUUGGCUUCCUGUACACCCUCGGAGCAUGGCGCAUCCAGAACCGACAGUCCUAUGGUAUCGAGCUGUGCCUGCUCGCAUCCGUUGUCCUGGGUGCCUCGGCCUUCCCUCGUGCUAUCCGACUGAGGAAGCCCGUCCCGAUUGUCCUCAGUGUCAUCUCGUCGAUUGGCCUUCUCACCUUUGGCACUGCCCUGCGCCGCCAGGCGUAA